AUACAUGACUCCGCCCUCGGCUUCCAUUUCUGAACUGAAAGGACGCCGUUCUCGCGUAGAGUCCUCGCCUUUUUAUACACAUAUUCAAGUAAAUAAACUAGCUUUUCUCUGCAGUAAAUUAGGAGCAUUAACCCACCACACCGAGUGAAACGGCGGUCCUCAUGUGCCGUGGGAUGCUGCCUGCACUGUAGCUGGAACUGAAGCUGGCAUUUUUUUAUUUCCCAUUUUAACUUUCCUAAGCGGCGUUUUCCGCCGUUUUUUUUCUUGUAGCCCCACUCGCUCUACCCCUUGCGUGAGUCGGGGCCUAGAGCGUCGCUUUAGCCACGAGGCGCGUAGGUACAGCGGGAACAGGGCGAUGGCGGAGUUCGGUAACGGACUGGCGGAGGAAUCUCUACUAGAUUCAGACCCGGGCCAUCCCGAGCUAGAAGACCCGGGUGUCGGUGACGAGGAACCAGGAUUAGAAGAGGGAGAGGCCGCGAUUGAAGACCCGGAGCUGGAAGCAAUCAAAGCCCGGGUGAGAGAGAUGGAGGAAGAAGCGGAGAAGCUGAAGGAGCUACAGAACGAGGUGGAGAAACAGAUGAAUCUCAGUCCCCCCCCAGCCGGCCCUGUCAUCAUGUCCAUCGAGGAAAAGAUGGAAGCAGAUGGCAGAUCUAUUUACGUUGGAAAUGUGGACUACGGCGCCACGGCGGAGGAGCUGGAGGCUCACUUCCACGGCUGCGGUUCCGUCAACAGAGUCACCAUCCUAUGCGACAAAUUCACAGGGCAUCCAAAGGGAUUUGCCUACAUUGAGUUUGCAGACAAGGAGUCUGUUAGGACGGCCAUGGCUUUGGAUGAGUCCCUGUUCAGAGGAAGGCAGAUAAAGGUGGGUGCUAAGAGAACAAACAGACCAGGCAUCAGCACUACAGACCGCGGGUUUCCCCGGGCCCGCUUCCGCUCACGGGGAGGAAGCUUCUCCUCGUCACGUGCGCGCUACUACAGCGGCUACACGCCACCCAGGGGCAGAGGACGGGCCUUCAGGUUUCAGGACCAGUGGAGGCUGACUACCCCUCCCCAGGUGGCGCCGGCCCCCCCCACUGUCUCUGCAGCGUCUCUCUCUCUCUCUGCUCCCGCUAUGCACACUCACCCCAUUCUGUCCGUGUGGGGGGGUGGGGGAGGGGGGCAGGGCGACCACAGGCCCGCCGCGGGGGGCAUUUACUACAACAACAAACGCUGAUGACGCUUUUAACUACUUCUUUCGCACUCUACUCACACACUUACACACACACAUGCACACACACAUACACAGGUACCCUAAGCAGAUACACAGACACACACCAGGCAGACAUACACUGACAGUACAGACAGCACCCAACACAGUCAACCAACCCAACACAUAAUUUAUAUAGAGAGAGCUGAAGCUGAUAGCUGAGCGGCAGGCAAGCUGACAUGAGAGCGAGGAAGGCAAGACCAGAGACCGGGGUGCUUUUUGGGGUGAAACUCGCACCCUUUGGUGCCCUUUUUCUCUGACCACACGCAGUGCAGUCGAGGCUUGUCUGAGGAAGGCCGAGGGGCUAACGGCAUUGAUUAUUAAUUUAAUAAUGGAGUGGGCCGGAGCUUUUAUUUUCAGGGUGGGGGAGGUUAGGGGUGGGGUUUGUGUGGAGAGGUUUGUUUUGUUUUUUUCUUUUUGUUUUGUUUUUUU